AUGGAACAGGCUCAACCAAAUGAAUCUCAGAAUAUCAAGAGCGACGAAGAACGGUCCAAGUAUCAGAAACGAGCAAAAUUGAAGGAAUUAAAUAAGGUUCCUGAAGCGAAAGAAUCCUCCAAGCUCGACUCAUCACUGAAGCGUCACACUGCGCUUAUAAAGAGGAUGCGGCUGUCGAUGGCAGCGGAGAAUCGUGACCAGAUUCUCAAGGACAUCGACUCGCUGUCUUUGGAGAAGUACGUGGACGAAAUCACUGGAGCCGUGUUAGAAGGGAUAUCAAGAUGCAAGACGGAGAAAGACAUCUGGGGCGCUGUUGAAGUUAUAUGCGCACUCCACAGAAGGUUUCCUGUCGCAUUUACCCAGAAUUUUGUCCCGUUGCUCGGCACAGCACUCAGUGCACCGUCUAGGGCCUCUCUCGCCUCUCUUGCGCCCGAACAACGGGAGAAGGAAGAUACUGCGCGCGUAGUUCGUCAACGUCCGUUGCUCCGAGUCUGCUCGGAGUUGGCCCUGGUAGGGAUAAUCAAGGAUGCUCCCGACAAGAGUGGCGGCGAAUGGAUAAUGAAGGCGAUUAAGGACCUACUAUCCAAUGAUCCCAGUUUAUCGUCUCUACCUCUGCUUUCGACCUUCCUCAAAUCAUACGCACGCCCCUUCUUAGGCAUAUCACCGCAAGUUGCAUCCAAGCAAAUAUCAAACUUAGCAGAGCCCGGUAGCUUAUCGUCUUCUGUGACCAAUGGGAACAGCGAGGCUGGUAACUUUCCUCCGUUGACUUCCGGAGAGGAAGAGCUCGUGGAGAAGGAGAUUCGCGAUCGCUUCAAGCGGAUGUGCGAGGGGUAUUUCGACUCGGUUUGUAAGAAACUGAUGGUUGAACACAAGCGGCUUCAAGAACAGGAUAGGCGCAAUCACGAAGCAUAUAUACGAUCCGGUGAAAUAUUCGAAGAUCGUCAACAAGCAUACGAGAAGAUGACAAAGGGAUAUGAAAAGUUGCUCGCUAACUGCCAGACUCUGUCGGAGCUUCUGUAUCUACCGAUGCCUACCCUACCCACUACGAGCCAGAAAUCGGAGUCCAUACAAAUUGGAGUCAAUAACGGGAGUUCGCUAGAGGAUACAGAUGAUAUCGUUGUCACUGGAGGCAAAUGGGAAGACGAAGAGGAGCGUCGGUUCUUUGAGGAUAUUCAGGACCUCAAAGAUUUCGUUCCGAAGAGCGUUCUUGGGAUCGAUGAAAGCGAGGCUACCGCUGAGACAUCUACAACGGAACAGAUUGCAGAGGAACAGGAACGAGAAAAGGAGGAGGUUCGUAAACUUGAGGAAGAACUAGCUAAGCUGUCCGUCGCCGAUGGGUCUGCUCACAAGGAGGAAGUCACCAAGAACGAUGUCGAAGAAGACGAAGCUCCAACACCUACUCCGGGCACUCCCAAAGGUGGAACUCCCCCUCUUUCUCCCCAGCUUGCACCCCAAGGUCCCUCUCAGCUUCUUACAGCCCUUCUCGCGCGUCUUCCGGACACGACAAACCGUGCUUUGAUCGACCAAGCUGCUAUCGACUUUGCUUUUCUCAAUUCCAAGGCUGCCAGGAAGAGAUUAGUACGGUUCUUGUCACAGGUCCCGAAAAAUCGGACGGAUCUCCUCCCUCAUUACUCCCGACUGGUGGCUACGCUUAACAAAUAUAUGCCAGACAUAGGGACCGAAAUAAUAGCUGUGUUGGAUGAGGAGUUCAGAUACCUGCAGCGCAAGAAGAACGUCGUCAAGGAGCUUUCCGAAGUCCGGCUAAAGAACAUCACCUUUUUGGCCAAUUUGACGAAGUUCGGCGUGGUACCCCCUCACCUUAUAUUGCAUAUCUUCAAAGUAUGCUUGGACGACUUCAGUGGCACGAAUGUUGGAAAUAUCGCCCUCCUUUUGGAGGGUUGCGGAAGAUUCCUGCUUCGAAGCGACAACACGCGGGAAAGAUUCAGUGCCAUGCUUGAACUCAUGAAACGGAAGCAAAGCAUGCAACACUUCGAUCAACGUGAACAAAUGUUGCUCGAAAACGCUUAUUACCAAUGCAAUCCGCCUGAGCGAGCUCCACGGCAAGAGAAGGAGCGAACUCCCAUGGAGAGUUUCAUCCGGCAUCUCAUUUACGACGUUUUAGCCAAGAGGACGAUCGACAAGGUACUGAAGCUCAUUCGCAAACUCGACUGGAACGAUGCGACUAUACGCAAGACGCUUCACAAAGUGUUCACGAAACCCUGGAAGAUCAAAUUUGGGAAUAUCAGCCUUCUAGCUAUGCUAACGUAUGACCUUACACGGUACCAUGCUGAUUUUGCAAUCUCUAUCGUUGAUCAAGUGCUUGAAGACAUUCGGUUGGGCAUGGAGCAGAACAUCUACAACACAAAUCAGAGGAGGGUUGCUACAAUGAAGUAUCUUGGGGAGCUAUAUAUCUAUCGGCUAAUGAGUUCCGGGAUCGUGUUCGAUACUCUGUGGUCUUUGACAACAUUCGGUCACCCCGAGGGAAGACCGAUCCCCCGUCAGCCAUGCCAAUUGGAUAUGCCAGACGAUUUCUUCCGUGUUCGCCUUGUCUGCGUGUUGUUGGACACGUGUGGGAUGUGCUUUGAUCGUGGCAGUCAAAAGAAGAAAUUGGACAGCUUCUUGAUAUUUUUCCAGUACUACAUCUUCUGCAAAAAUCCUUUGCCGAUGGACAUUGACUUCAUGGUAUCCGACUCCCUUGAGGCUGUACGACCAAGGUUACCCCUCACGAAGAAUCUUGAAGAGGCUGCACUCGCAGUCGAUGAAAUGCUGAACUCAGCACUGCAAACUGCAGGGUUUGGUAGCGGUGAUGACAGUGGCGAUGAAGAGGAGGAAGACGAACGACCCGAGGCCUCGGAGGAUGAUGAAGAGGAAGCUGGAGCGUCGGACUCGCCAGUCGAGGAGCGAGCACCUUCACCUGAACAACCAGUAGUACUCUCGAACAGCAACAGUCUUCAAGAGAACCUUGGUCCCACGGAAGAGGCUGAUGCAGAAUUUGCCAAAGAGCUAGCCAAGCUGGUUACAGACACAUCGGCCGAAGCUCGUAGAGUCGAUAAGAAGACCGCUUUGGCAUUGUGGGAUUCUGCGGUGAUGCCUCCUACUGUGCGCAAGAAGCGAAGCGACGAGAACGACGAGGAAAGUGGUGAAGGCGCGGACGCGGUGAACACCAUGAAUUUUACGGUGAUCACCAAACGCGGCGGCAAACAGACGCGCCAGAUUGCUGUACCGUCCGAGUCGGCUCUUGCCACCCAUACUCGUUCUGCUCAGCUACAAGACAAAGUUGAACAGCAGCAGCUCAAGAAACUUGUGUUGGAUUACGAACAACGAGAGGAAGCCGAGGAAAUGAAAGCACUCGAAGCUCGGUCGCGUAAUGGAGCUGUCAAGAUUCGUUACAUCGGAUAG